AUGAAAGACCGCCUUACAGCACAGAAGCUCCUCUUGGACUUGAAGAAGGUCCUGAACUUGAGCCAUGAUGUAUCUCCAGAGUUAGCGAAUACGAUCCUGGACUAUGCGCAUUACUGGCCCAAGGUCGCGAGCAAUGGCCCGGGCACGGUGGUCUCUGCGCGCGAGGAAGACGAGCUUAACUCUGCUGAGGUCCUUCUUCUGACGCCGACAAUGGAGGAAUUGAUGGGCCCUGGCGACUUCACGAUACGAGAGGUUCGCUUCAAGUUGGAGAGCCAUGACCAAGGUUGGGCGACCUUUGGCGAUAGCCCUUCUCGUUACCUUCCGUCAUGGACAUGGUUCGAAGCUGUGAUCAUUCGUGACCCUCGACACAACGCCUCAUCCCCCGAAACAGAUGCCUUCGUCAAAGAGGCCUUAGCAAAAAGCCGCCGUGGGCGCGAGGACAAAUCUAGUGUCACUACCGUGCGUAAUCCACAUGCCAGCGCCGGGUUGGGGGAGGACACCUGGGACAUCCAGCGGAAGGUCCGGGCUUCCGAAGUCUUCGUGUCGCAUGAAGUUCGCUUCAAGGAAGACAAUGAAGACGUGGCAUCUGGUAGAACUCCGGGAAGGGUUGGCAACGAUGACAUGACGGGUGCUGGCUCCGGAGAUGGAUUCAUUGGCGCCUUGGAGAAGGGCGACCGGAUUGCAGUCGUUGCGAGAGCCAAGUAA